CCAACAAACACCAAUCUUUCUCGCUCGAGGAGCCACUUUGACUCUUCAACUACUGCACCGGAAUUCCAGUAAUUUAAAGGUGAACUAGGUUUGAUCGAAUUUUUAGAAGAGCCAACGCCGCUGAUUGCUGGAUAGAAGAGCAACCGAUAAGGUUACAGAAAUGCCGGAGGAAGAUUUGAUAGAUAUCAAGUUCAGGUUAUAUGAUGGGUCGGAUAUUGGUCCCUUCCGCUAUUCUUCCACGUCGACGGUGGAUAUGCUUAAGCAGAGGAUCGUCUCUGACUGGCCCAAAGGUAAGACAAUUACUCCAAAGGCUGUGAAUGAAGUCAAACUCAUUAAUUCUGGAAAAAUUCUGGAGAAUAGCAAGACUGUUGGUCAGUGUAAAGGACCUUUGGGUGAGAUCGCUGGUGGGGUUAUCAUAAUGCAUGUUGUUGUACAGCCAUCUCUUGCAAAAGCUAAGACAGAAAAGAAGAUUGAUGAUUCACCAAGGAAAAUUGUUUGCUCAUGUUCCAUACUGUGAAGACUGUAGAUUUGAAGAAUUAUUUAUCCUGGCAUCAAAGCGUCAGGCACUAGAAACAAAGUCACGAAGGUGCUAGGCAUUCCAUGUUUGUUUGUCGACGAUGAUGUGGUCUUAUUUUUCAAACGGUUCCAUUUCUUCCGAGUUUAAGUUAUUUCAAAUGCUUGAAUAGUUGAAUCACUUGUAAAGCUGUAUAGACUACCCGUAAAGACAGAUCUACAAACAAAUUUUAAGGAGAAAUACCUGUGUAAAAGCCUAUAUAUUCAUGAUUAGUUUGUUGCUGGCAUGCUAUUUAUUUCCUU